GUUGCACCGGAAAUGAAAAUGCCAAUCGAAAACGAGUCAGACUACUGCAGGGGGAGAGGAUGUAGGGACAAAGAUAGCAGGUGAACGAAAACAAACGCUGCUUGAAGGCGGGUGGCCGUCUUCUAAAAUGAAUGUUUAGCCUCUCCUAAAUUUGUCAAACCAAUGAAAACGCGAAACUCGCAGAAUAUCGUUUGCCGAACGGUCUCUCCCUGCUAGCUAUGUUUGAUAGAAAUUAUGACGAAUCCAGCGGUGGCUGCUUCGUAGCAGCGACAAUGCUCAGGCCUGUCAUAACCGGCUUUUUCAGAUUUUGUUUGUCACAUCAGUGACCAUGGAUGUCAGAGCAGUUCUGGAGUUUGCCACACUCACCAGGGGCCUCUCGCUGUUUUUGCAGGCUGUCUUGAACGCUGCCAUCCCCGACCAUGAAGCUGAUGCGUUCAGGCCCCCGCGAACAGAAGAGCCUCUGUACCUGGACUCUGCAGUGGAGUGGUUACUGGGCGGCCUCUCUCACUGGGACGCCGAGCACUUCCUCUUCAUCGCCGAGCGAGGGUACCUCUAUGAGCACAACUUUGCUUUUUUCCCCCUCUUCCCCGUCGUCCUCCGAGGCCUGGCAGAGACGUUACUGUGGCCCCUGAGCGCCUGGCUGAGCGUGCGGGGGCGCCUACUGGUGGCAGUCGCUCUGGGGAACAGUGCCCUCUUCCUGCUGAGUGUGGUCGCCUUGCACGCACUGAGCAGGAUAGUUCUGCAGGACAGGCGCCUCGCUCUGCUCUCCAGCCUUCUCUACUGCAUCACACCUGCCAAUGUUUUCAUGACUGCUGGCUACUCUGAGAGCCUCUUUGCUGCCCUCACUUUCGGAGGUCUGUUCCUCCUGGAGAAAGGAUUCACCUUCCGAGCCUGCUUGGCCCUUAGCAUAGCCACUGCAGCACGAUCCAAUGGACUUGUUAACAUUGGAUUUCUACUGUAUCUUCCAUCGCUGCAUGCCAUUUCUCAGAUUCGUGUAUAUCGUAUGACGACAAAGGGCCAUGUAAAAGUCUUCCAUUACAUUUGGGUCAUCAUCCGUCUCCUGCUCACUUCCCUCUUGGGAACUGCAAUUAUUGCCCUUCCCUUCUGUGCUUUCCAAUACUAUGGCUAUAGGACGUUUUGCACACCAUCCGUCUCCCUGGAGCAGGUCCCUCCUGCUCUUCUGUCACUGGCUGAACGGAAGGGCUACCGAGUCCCAGAUGAAAAUGGUCCGCCACCCCUCUGGUGCAUGAGACCCCUCCCCCUACUUUACUCUCAUAUCCAGGAUGUGUACUGGGACGUGGGCUUUCUCCGUUACUUUGAGCUGAGGCAGAUACCGAACUUUAUCCUGGCUCUGCCUAUGGCUACCCUCGGCAUUAUGGCAGCUUAUGCUUAUUUUCAAACUAACCCAGAGCUGUGUCUGAGACUCGGACUUUGGGAUACAGGCGCAACUAAAGGGCUCGACAAACCCAUGCCGGGAUUCUUCAACCCCAGAGUGUUUGUGUAUGUUGUGCACUCAACAGUACUCCUGGUGUUUGGAACAUUGUGCAUGCACGUGCAGGUUCUGACCAGAUUCAUGGCCUCCUCGUCUCCCGUGCCGUUCUGGAUAAGUGCUCAUCUUCUCCUUCUCAAUGAGCCGCUCCUUCACAGAAGAAAAACAUCAAACCCCAACGUGCAGCUACAGACUCACUCUAGAAAUGGAUGCAAGCACACGCCUCAAAAUCCCAUCACUGCAUUGCUGCCACAUUUUAAAACCUGUUCACCUACCACUCAGAGCAUCCUGGGAUACUUCCUCUCCUACUGGGUGCUGGGGCUCGCACUGCAUUGUAACUUCUUGCCAUGGACUUGACUUAAGACACUGCUCUGAUCUUUAAAUGCAAUAUUUCUCUGUUCUAUGUUAAAUUAUGUAAAUCCUCACACGAGUGUUUUUACAUCAUCAUCCAUAGUCAGUACAAUAUUGCAUUAAAAAGAGAUACAUCAAUACAGAAUUCUGUCAAUGUCAUAUUUAUUUAAAAAGAAACAAAUACUUAAGUAAAAUUAUUGUAUUUUGUUUUUUGAGAAAAACAAAUCCAAAAAAAAAAAAAAAGAACUUUGCCUCAUAUUUCAGUUAUGUCGCCCACAUACAUUUUUUGACGCAGAUUUUAUUCAUGCAGUAGUCAAAACAUUUGAUUUACACAUCUUACUCUAAUGUGUUUGUAGUUGAGAAGAAAAUUAAAUGUAUAUUAUAGCCAAAACUUCUUUACAACUUUGGUUGUAAAUCUUGGCAGGACUGUGGUUGUACUUGAAAAAAAAAAAAACAAACAAUAUUUUUAUUUCUUGCUGAGGCAUUCAGAUUUGAUUUACUCAGUUUAAUAUUGCACUGCAUGUUUGGAAGAAUUAUUCCAAGUUAUAGUUUGAGACUUUUGGAUGUGAAUGAAAAAAAUAAAGAUUUUGUUGCUGUAAAAAGA